UCGAAGAAGAGGAGGAAGAAAGUUGCAAAUUCGGAGUGUUAAUACGUGUUAUAUCUUGUUCAGCCGGCUAAUUGCGCACAAGUAUGUUGUGACUUUGAAGAUCCGGAGGUUCAGGGAGUCUUUCAUAAUUUUUGAACAUAUGAAUUCUGAAAAUGCUGCGUUUUGAUGUAACUUGAAGUCAGUUAUUACUCGAUGGAUAUUGAAUUACUUAAUGCCCAGCUUUGUACACUUUGACAGAGAUUUGCAAAGCUCAGGUCUCAAAAUGAAGAAGCAGUUUUUUCGAGUUAAGCAGCUAGCAGAUCAGCAUUUUUCAAGAGCUGGGAAGACCGAGGUGCUGUCUGAUGACCUCCAAGAGGCAGACCGGAAAGUGGAGUAUAUCAGCAGAGCAUGCGGGAACACAUCAAAGAAACUGGGCACACUGUUUUUAGGCCAAGAUGCUUCCAGAGAGAAGAGACUGAAGAAGAAUUCAGAACAUUUAUUGGGUGUUACUAUGCAGGACAACGGAUCAUGCGAGGAGGAGUGUCUUCUUAGCACCAUCUUAUCAGACUCUGCCAAGAUAGAAAUGAAUCUGGCCAAUGAAGCGCUAGACCAUGAAGUUCAAGUGGAACAGUUAGUUGUAACCCCGUUACAACAGAUGCUGGACAAUGAUGUACCCAAGCACAAAGCUAAACUUAGUAAACUGACAUUAGAUAUGGAUUCCGCAAGAACCAGGUACCACACGGCUCUUAAACAUGGCAGUGCUAAUACAAAUGCCGUCAAAGAAGAACUGGAAGAUGCCGAGCUGAAGGUGGAACAGUGUAGGGAUAUGCUGGCAUCGGAGAUGUUCCAGUUGAUAUCCAGAGAGGCUGAUCUUGCCCAGACUAUAGUGCAGUAUGUCAAACUUCAGAGAGCUUACCAUCAGAGUGCCCUGAAGAUACUGGAAGAAAAAAUACCAGAACUUGAAAAGAACAUCAGAGACAGCCCUUUAAAACCAGUUUAUGGAUACCCAUUGGAGGAACAUCUUCGUGUCACUCAGAGAAAAGUUGCAUUUCCCAUUGAGCUUUGUGUAUGUGCCUUGCUAGAGCUUGGGAUGGAGGAAGAAGGGCUGUUCAGGGUUGCUGGAGGGUCUUCCAAGGUACGGCGUAUGAAGAUGAGCUUUGAUGCUGGUUGCCUGACCUUGCCAACUGCUCUUGAAUACCGAGACCCUCAUGUGAUAGCCGGUGCCCUCAAAUCAUACCUGAGGGAACUGCCAGAACCCCUCAUGACACAUGCCUUGUAUGAUGAGUGGGUAACAGCAGCAAGAAUUCAGUCAUCCAGUGAAGCUCGUCAACAGGCACUGAAACUGGUCGUUGAUAAAUUACCAGAGGCAAAUUUUGACAACUUACGGUACCUGAUAAAGUUCCUCUCUGCACUGUCUCGUAACCAGGAAGUGAACAAAAUGACACCUCAGAACAUUGCCAUUGUCAUCGCACCAAAUUUGAUAUGGAGCCAAGCUGACGAGAGUACUACAAUGGGGAUGAACAUGAGUUCAGCAAACACGUACAGCUCUAUCGUAGACAGUUUGGUGAAUAAUGCAGAAUUGUUUUUCCCUGGUGACAUUGAGUUCUUUCAAACUUUUUCUCAUGAAACAACAUUAAUAAACGGAAUGACCACAAGUAUUGGAUCAGUUAGUGGAUUUCAACCUCAUGAAUGGACAAGCAGCUCUCCUUCUGAGAAAAUGGCAACCAGUGGCCAUACCAGAGGAAGUAGCGGUGAUGGUCAACUGAUCAAUCUUGGAGAACCUGACAUGAAAAGAACACAGUCAAACAGUAGUCUUUCAGAUCACAGCAGUCCUCCACAUGGGAGCCCUAAACCAGCUGCCCGCAGAAAGAACAAGCCAGCUCCUGUCCCCCCUGCUACUGGUGCAUCACCGAAGGAGCCACCACCUCCGCCAUCAGGCUCUACUCCUGAAAAACCUGAGAAACCUCCUCGGCCAGCUGUAGGUCCAGUGUCAUCAACAUUGCCUCGACCCAGCAAGAAAAACUCCGGAGAAUAUGACGUGAGAACAGCAGUUUCAGGCCCUGUUGAAAAUGUAUCACCCAUGGCAACAGAAAGGAAUCAGAAAUCCAGUGAUAGCAGUAUUUCUUCUGGAAUGAGGAAACAAAGCACAGAUGGUUUAGAACAUCAACAGAAUUGCAUGGUAUCAUCUUCCAUGCAUAGAAGACUCAGCAGUGGGGGAGGAGAAAAAGUGUGUACAGAAAAAUCUGUGGAAGGAAAUGAAUCUGUAUCCCCAAUAGCAGAGUCACAAAUGGCUCCUUCCGCCACUGCUGUUGGAACCACUACUAUAGCCAUCACAUCUGGAUGUACUGGAAAGGUGUCUGGUGUGACAGAAAGCCUCCAGCAAAAGAAUAUAGCACAUCCUUCUAUAGGUAGCUCUAGCGCAUUAGAAAAGAAACACCCACAAAGGCCAAUUCCUGUUGCUGCCCCUAGAAGCACAGUGAAUAUUAAUGCUAGCAAUGCGACUGUCUCUAACAGGGAAGUUCAGAAUCAGUCUUCCGAGAAUAAAACUUCAGAAAAUGUAUGUUCAGCAUCUUCUAGAGUAAGCAGUGAGUCAACAAAGGAUGUAGACGCUUUGGGAGGGCAUGACUCCGUAGUACUGAGAAGGCCUUUACACUCGGAGAGUGGAGACCGUUCAAAUAAACCAGCUGUGCCUGAACGACCAGCUAUUCUUCUUCGACCUCAUAAUUCAUUCCGUGGUUCCAGACACUCUGCUGAUUCAGAUACUUCUAGCGAUAAACAUAAUACAGAUUCCGAGCGCCCCCUGCUGGAACGCACCCACAUGUACUGUGUAGACAAACAGCAGGUGGCAAUUAUUCAAGUUGGGGGAGAGAAGGAGAAGAUGGUUGCAGUUCCUAUCAACAACAAUAACAAUAAUGAGCCUGUGUUACAGAGGAGCCCUUCCAUGGGGGGUCGACCCCACUCCGUGUCCCUCUCAGACAAGGGACAGUGCCUUGAAAAGCCAGAGAGACCACCGAAACCCGAAAAUGCAAAUUCCUGUGUUGAAAGAGGGCAACGCCAGUCUAGUCAUUCCCGGACCAUGUCAGAAGGGAACAUUUUCAACUUCGACAAAGAUAAAUCGGGUAUGAGGCCACAACCAUCUCAGACCUCACCACAGGGCAGUGGCAAUUCACCAGGUUCUCCCAGACACCCCAGUCGUCCUCCGCGGCCACAGCCUCCCCCUCCUCCACCACCGGGCAAGUGUAAGCAGGAGCGUUUAUGGGAGAGUACAGAUCUUUGAUAAGAAGAGUUGUGCACAUCUCACCAGACGAGUAAUAUAUUUAAGGCAGCAUUGUAGCACUAAUAAGGGAUAAGCAUGUAACACAUUUAGGACAAUAUUGCUUGACAAGCUUUGUUUCUACCACUGGGAAUGAUAAGUGGUAUAAAUAUAAUGACUGAAAGUGCCUCUGUCUUUUAAAGUUUCAGGUGCUGUUGUAUGAAUAUUUAAUUAUCUCUUGAAAUCAGAUUUAAUCUACAGCCUAAGAACUUUUUUCACAUUGCAAGUUUUUCAAUAUAUAAUGAAGCACUUGUUACAGUGAUUUCACAUAUAGUUGUGGAGACUGAAUAGAUAAAACAGUUUAGGUAUAUUAGGAUGGAUCUGUGAAUUGAGCGUGAAAAAUUGAAAAUUUGGAAUACCAGGAAUUCCAGUUCUUUACAGAAGUUUUCUCUGGUAUUUCAUUGUAAUCUGUUAAAGCUUGUUCCUCUGUUUUAAGAUCUCCAGUGAUAUAAAAUGUUUUGUUUCUUGUUAUGGAAAAUUGAGAUGCAUUUAUUAUGUUCAGGUGCUGUGUGUUGAGAAAACUCUUUAUUUUCUUGUUCGUGUUCUGCACUUCUGUCUUUCUCUUGAUUACUUUUUCUGUGUUUGGGGUGUUAGCACAGUUGAAAGUUGCAGAACUUCAUAUAUUAGAUUCUUCAUGCCUGGCUGAAUGUAAGAGUUUGAAAACUGCAGAAUGGAUUUUCAUGAAAAUUGAUAUUGGGGAGUUAAAAAAAAAGAUUAUCAUAUCACCCAGACUUUGCUUAAAAUUGGACAAGAUGAAAUAUGUGGGUUCCUGUGCUUAUCUCGAGCAUACCUCACCCUUUCACAGAUGGACUCGACAAAAACUGUGGGGGAAAGUGAAAUAUAUUUUAUACCCAGCACAGUUUUCAAGGUAGUUGAACAGAAGGAAUUGAACACACCAGAAAUGUUAAUCAUGCAUUUCCUAAAUUGUCUAUUACUAUGUUAAAUACUUUAUAUUGUAUACUGCCGUAAAGUCUGCACACAAAACCAUGUCAUAUUUGAACUUUCCAGCAUUAGUUUAUUAAACAUUCAAAUCUUCAGCCUGGGAAUUCUCGACAGCACAAAUAAUUAUUGUUAUAUGUGUAAGUGCUGCUUACAUACUUUUUAUAUAACAGCGUAAAACGUGAUAGAUACUGUAUUUUGUAUUGUCAUUUGAUGUUAGUUAAAAUGCUUUAUUAACCAAUAAAGAAGAAACAGAAGAUGUUCAUUUCAAGUCAGUAUGUUUUAUAUACAGUUAUGUCUAGAAGAUAAGAAUGUUAUAUGUAUAAAUGAUUUUUAUCAUGAUAGUUCUGUAAAUAAAAUUUGAGCAAUAAUAGGGAAUUCAGCAUUUAACUACCUUAAUAUUAUUGUAUGAUUGUGACUGAAGGUAAAAAAAGGAAUGCAUCUACUUGUUGAUGUAAUUCAUAGAUGUAAAAAUGAAGUGAGAAGGUGAAAUAUAAUGAAGGUGGUGACAUUUUAAGAUGCUAUAUGCAUCUUCUUUUCAGAGAGAAAAAAGAAGAAGAUAUUUUUGCAGCUCCUGAAAUUCCAAUGUACUGACUCAAAAAGAAUCCUAUGUUAUCCAUAUGUUACUUUGUGUUUUGAAAAUUCUGCCUUGUUCCCUAACAUCCUCAACCUUCUUUUUACUUAUUUGUUUUGACAGAGAGAAAUUUUCUGACAUAACAUUUCAAAUUUUGUGAUUUGCAGAUUUCAGAAUGUCUGUUUUUGUGUUUGGAGGAAAUGUGUGAGCAAGAAAUAAAGGGUUGGUUGGAGAGUAUGUAUUUCCAAAGCACUUGGAUAUGA